AUGAAGUUCUUGUGCUUACCUGGAGGCUAUUGCAACAGAAAGGUACGACCUCUCUCGCAAUGCCUGAACGCUAGCGAAAAGGCCGAUUUCCACUUCACCCAAGGGGACCUCGCCGUGAAAAUACCCCUCGUCGAAUUCGAAGGCUUCUUCGGUCCCCCACCCAACUACACCUUCGUCGACGUGAACCUCGGCACAACCGCAUUCAGCAUCCGCGAGUUCCCCAAACGCGAAACCCCCGAGGAGACCAUGCGUCUAGUCGUCAACAUGCUCAAUGACCCCCGGCCGUCGAACAUCCCCGAAGUCAUGGAUCGGCUGAUCGGGAUCCUGGACUCGGAGGGCGACAUUGACGGCGUGAUCGGGUACUCGGAGGGGGCGGUUAUGGCGACGACGCUGUUGCUGGAGGAGGCGCGACGACAGCGCGACUCAGGCCGCCAGCCGAUGAUUAAAUGCGCGGUCUUGAUCUGUGGAUGGCCGCCGAUGGACCCGGUGACGGGACAGACGAUGUUGACGGAUCAGUUCGACGAAGUCAUCGACAUCCCGUCCUGUCACGUGGUGGGUGGCCAGGACCCCUUCCUCGAUGCCUCCAUGGCGCUGUAUAAUUUCUGGGACCCCGACCAGGCGCACAUCUUCGAUCAUGGUGGUGGUCAUGCCGUUCCGCGAGAGCUGGGCACUUGUCAGGAAAUCGCGGAGAUUAUUCGGGGGUUGAUUUCGGGGGAAAGUUCCUAG